AAUGUACUGUACGUGCAAAGAUGGCAGCUGAAGUCGACUUGCUGCGUGCGAAAGUAGAAGAAGAAAAGGUGAGAGGCAGUCUGGAUCGAUUCAUCAAAGAGAAGAAAAAGAAGAAGAAAAGGGAGCUGUCGCCGUCCGCUGACAAACGGGAGAGGUCUGAGAAAGAAGCGAAGAAAGUGAAGCUCCAUCACCACAACCACCAACACGCUGAGCGCCGGACCCACCAGCCGCAUCAGCUGCAGCACAAUCCUAAACCCCACAACUUCAGCGCGGAUAAACAUGUCCUACACAGCCAUCACCAAGGCCACCACCAUCACCACAAUCACGGUCUCACCAACGGUUCAAAGAAGAACCUGCAGUCGGCUUUGCCUCCCCCUCCUCCGCCGCCGCGGAAGGUACCGGAGCAGCUGCAGAAGAAGCGAGCGGUGCCCUCCGAGCCACCUGCGCUCUUCACUUUCACGCCUCUCAAAGUGGUCAAGGCCAAGCCCCAGGAUUUCAAAGAAAAGCACAGGGACAAAGACGUGAAACUGAAGCUCAAGAAGGAAAAUACAGAGGCCAACGUGAAACACGGGGAACUGAAGAAAAAGAAGGAGCCAAGGCCUCACAAUGAGAACAUCAAGUCCCUGACACUUGAGGAAUAUCUCCUUAAGAAGAAAAAGAAGAAAAAGAAGCAUCGCGAGGCUGAGCACAGUGCCAAGAAGGUCCGAUACAUGCACAACAAAGCAGUUCAGACUGUAUGUGCAGGACUCGGAGCAGAUCUUACUCUGCCCAUUCGCCCUGAUCCGUCUCUGCCUGGCACAACGAAGCACGAAAGCAGUCAUCAGCCGAGCAGAGACACUGUAGACAACCACCAACCCUACCUCCACGCUCUCAAGCUGGGACACGUCCCCUUCCUCUCCCACCAAGAUCACUACAUCCGCAGCUCCUCACUCCAGACAGGCACCUGGUGCGGAUGUCUCAUGCAUGAGGAAAGGCAAGCCAAUGGUGGGGGGUCGGUCCUGCACGCCUAUGCUGAUGAGUUAGCUUGUCUCAGUCCGGCUGAGAUGGAGUGCUUUGCCCAGGAGUUCCUGGAGCUGGCCUUUGCUGAGAAGCCUAGAGGCGCAGCCUCCUAUGCCUUGGCGGUGGUGCACAGUGCGGCCGCCUACCUACCUGACUUCCUGGACUACUUUGCCUUCAACUUCCCCAACACACCAGUCAAAAUGGAGAUACUGGGCAAGAAAGAUAUUGAGACCACAACUAUUGCCAACUUUCAUUCUCAGGUGAACCGUACUUACUGUUCAGGAACGUACCGGGCCGGACCCAUGAGGCAAAUCAGCUUGGUGGGAGCUGUGGAUGAGGAGGUUGGAGACUAUUUCCCAGAGUUCCUGGACAUGCUGGAGGAAUCACCCUUUCUCAAGAUGACCUUACCAUGGGGAAGCCUCUCCAGUCUGAAGCUGGACUGUCGCUCUCAGAGUGAUGAUGGGCCCAUCAUGUGGGUGCGACCAGGAGAACAAAUGGUACCUACUGCUGACAUGCCCAAGUCUCCUUUCAAACGACGCAGGUCUAUGAAUGAGAUAAAAAAUCUGCACUACCUGCCGAGGGCCAGUGAACCCAGAGAGGUUCUGUUCGAGGACCGGACUAAGGCGCAUGCUGACCAUGUAGGUCAGAGUUUUGACUGGCAGAGCACUGCUGCUGUUGGGGUACUGAAGGCAGUGCAGUUUGGAGAAUGGAAUAACCGACCUCGGAUAACCAAAGAUGUAGUGUGUUUCGAUGCUGGGGACUUCACUGAAGUUGUCCAGAGACUGCAGCUUGAUCUGUAUGAGCCCCCAGUGUCUCAGUGUGUCCAGUGGGUGGACGACGCCAAGCUCAACCAGCUGAGGAGGGAAGGCAUCCGCUAUGUCCGUGUCCAGCUCUGUGACGACGACAUUUACUUCAUCCCAAGAAACGUCAUCCAUCAGUUCAAGACAGUGUCUGCAGUCUGUAGCCUGGCCUGGCACAUUCGUCUCAAACAGUACCAUCCGGAAGAGAAGGUCAAGGAGGAGGAGCAGCAGCCCAAUUAUCUGAGCCCCACCACGGGCCGAGUCUCUUUUGCCUCCCCUGCCAGGCCUGAUGCCACUUUAACCCCCUGUGCAAGACCACAGGGAGACAACAUCCGAGGUGGAGUGGCCAAGACUGAAGAACCGGAGUUCCAAAGGCCAGCAACACCUCCCCAGGAGCCUCAGCCAGCCCCUCCACAGCCCACCAAAUCUACUCACUUGCCCCCAUCAUACAAGGAUACCCACUUUUCCUUGCCACCAGUCCACUCUGGCUGUACACCUUCAAAAGAGCUUACAUUAUCAAAAGCUUUUGGCCACGCUGCAGAGUUUCCUAAAUGAUCUUUCUCCCCCUCCACAACCUCUUUCUCUCUGUCCACUGUGGGAGAAGUGUAUGUGAAGGAAUUUUAGACUAAAACUGACAGCUGACUGUCAAUCAGGAAGCCUUUCAACUUAAAUUAUUCUUCACACUUUUUUAAAUCUUUAAAUGUUGGUUAAAAUGUCCCCUGUGUUUGUUUUUGUUUUUUUUUCACCCAAAGUAUACUGUUUAGUCAGAUAUUUUUUAUGUGGUCACACCUAACCUGGAACUCUCUACCGUCUCAUUGAAAAGGUGUGUAUCAUGUAAAGAAGCUAUCAUUUUUAGACUGACAAUAUAAGUUGCAAGACACAAAUUUUUAAUUUAUGGUCAAAGCUCAGCUGUUGUAAUUUUGGCAGAAUUAUUUCAUUGAAGAACUGCACGAUGCUGAUAUUAUACUGCUCUAUUAGUUUCACUGAGAGAGGCAUGUAGACUAACCAUACCCAGAAGAUACUGUGGCGUUGUCAGUGGAGCCAGGCCUUGGUUACGUGAAUCAAAAGCACAGCACAUACUGGAAUUCAUGGAUUGGCCACAGCUGGUAAAGUAAAAUCAAAACAAUUAGUCUUUUAUUUUGAAAGAAAUUGAGGGAGAGACAUUUUGCUUUAUUUUGAAACUAAGUGACAUACAAUUAUCUAAUUAUGCUGCAAGCACUUAAAACUUUUUUCUCAGCUUUAUAAGUUGCAGUUACCGCAAUUCUUUAUUUAAAUGCCAUUUUAUACAGUGCCGUUUUUCUUACUGUUGAUACUGUUUUUGAUAUUUUAUUUAUUUUCUUAAGAUUAAACUUAACAUAUGAACACAGGUUUAUAACCAGUGAAGGAAUAUUUAAGAUAAUCUAAUUAUAGGAGCUCCUCUAAAUGACAAAGGAAUUACAGCUAUUGAUGUUAGUAAUAAUAGUCUGACUCUUUUCUUCAGGUGUGGAGUAUGUCUUCAGAAUUUGGUAUGUAAAUAUUAUUUUAUGUUGUUAUCACUGGGAAUAUGUGAAUGCUGACGGUGCACUCAUUCUUCAUUUGAUUAAAAUCCAUUCACACUUUUUGUUUUAACUGGUAAUGUCACUAUGAAGGCACUGUUGUGGAAGGCUACUGUGGUUGCAUCCCAUUUUCUGAGUGUAAUUUUGUGGUAUCAGAUCAGUUGUUUUUCUUAUAGGUCUAGAAUUUUUUUACAGAAUGAGGCAUCCUACAAAUUCUGCCCUAAAAUACUUUAAAGGAGUACUUUAAAAGUUUUGCUAUUGCUACAUAGCUAGCGUUAGCAUCAACAGUUGUUUACUUACAAGUUUUGCCAAGAGCCAUUAUUGCGUUUAAAAGACAAGAGGUUAUAAUAUGUCCUCUGAGCAGCGCCGCUUCUUCAGGACAGCCUUGUCGCCACGGUGACUCACUAUCAGAAAGUGACAAGAUGGUUCGGCUGGACCGGGGUUAGCGUGCUAACUUCACUAGAAGAAAAGAAGUGAUAGAAAUAGAAGCGAAACAAGAGGAUUGCUUUCCUCCACUGGAGACAGCUGUUGGUGAGAAAAGGAAUGAAGAUUGAUGCUGAACUUGCAACAUGUCGUCUAGACUGUUGCAAGUUCUGUAAACAGUUUUUAAUGCUAAUGUUAGCUAUGAAGCAAUAGCCAAAACUUAAAAAUAGGCCCUUUAGAGUUGAAUGAGGUCAACCGCGAACUGUAAUUGAAAUUUACAGUUCAUCCGAACCUUCAUUCUAUAGUCUUCUUAAAUUAGUGCUAUUAAGGAAGUGAUGAUGUGAUACUGCCUUUUCUCUACCACUGACCACGUUUUAGUGCCUUGUACUGUAUAGGUUUAGCCUCAUUUAAAACUGUGAGGUUCAUUUGUUGGCGAGCAGGAUGUGAACUGAGGCCUGGCCUAGCAGCCAUAAUGUAUCUUGUUUUGUUUUUUUGUUUGUUUUUUGUUUAAAAAAAAAAAAAUGUUGGUCACAUGAUGCUUUUUGAUUUGAAUUGUUGCAUCGUAGUGUUACUGAAAAUUAUGCCUUUCAUACAUAUUAAAUCCUAGUCAGGAAGCAGA